CCACCCCUCUCGACCCGACAGGCUGAGGAAUCACGUCCACGUGUCGCUCCAGAUCGUCCCAUCUUCCAGGGAACAGGGAAGGGAAAUGGCUGUGAUGGAGCCAACUCAGGAUUUCCCAUUCCCAAACCCGAGCUGAUCGCCUGGCUGGAGCAAGGGGAAGAGCCAUGGGUGCCCGAUCUCCAGGCCUGCGAGGAAGGAAGGCUUCGUAGAUGCACCCGCACAGCAGGCGCUGAGCGAGGGAGUGAGAACCAGGAGGGGAAUCAUCAUCAGGAAGUUCCUGGAAAAGUGCAACCACAGGGGACCUUUGUGGGAGGACCUGAAGAGAAUUUUUCCCAGUGCUCUGAGGGAGAAUCCUGUGGAAAUUGGCACAGGUCAGAGAGGCUUCCAGGGAACCACCCCAGAAACAAAGUGGAUGAAUCUAUUAACGGUGGGGGACAAAACAAAUAUCCCAGAGUGCAGCAGACAAAUCCCAAGGAAGAGACACCCUGGCACUGCCUUCAGUGUGGGAAAGGAUUCAUUGUGAGAUCACGGCUUGUGACACAUCAGACAAUCCAUAUUGGAGAGAAACCCCUUCAAUGCUUGGACCGUGGGAAAAGCUUCAAUAAGCGCAAAGAUCUUAAUAACCAUGGGAGAAGCCACACUGGAGAGAAGCCCAUUCAGUUCCUUGAGUGCGGGAAACGUAUCAGUUCAAAGUCGGCACAAAAGUCACAUAAGAAAAGCCACACAGGAGAGGAACCCCACAAGUGCUUGGACUGUGGGAAAAGUUUCAUGCAAAGGUCAGACCUUGUUCAACAUCAGGCAAUCCACACAGAAGAGAGAUCCCAUAAGUGCUUACAAUGUGGGAAAAGUUUCACAUGGAGGUCGGCGCUUGUUAAUCAUCAGGCAAGCCACACAGGAGAAAGACCCCACAAGUGCUUGGACUGUGGGAAAAGUUUCAUGCAGAGGUCACAUCUUGUUAAACAUCAGGCAAUCCACACAGGAGAGAGACCCCACAAGUGCUUGGACUGUGGGAAAAGUUUCAUAAGAAGGUCAAACCUUGUUGAACAUCAGGCGCUCCACAGAGGAGAGAGACCCCACAAGUGCUUGGACUGUGGGAAAAGCUUCAUACGAAGGCCAGACCUCGUUUGUCAUCAGGCAUUCCACACAGGAGAGAGACCCCACAAGUGCUUGGAUUGUGGGAAAAGUUUCCUAAGAAGGUCACACCUUGUUCAACAUCAGGCAAUCCACACAGGAGAGAGACCCCACAAGUGCUUGGACUGUGGGAAAAGUUUCAUACGAAGGUCAGAGCUUGUUUAUCAUCAGGCAAUCCACACAGGAGAGGGACCCAACAAGUGCUUGGUCUGUGGGAAAGGUUUCAUAAAGAGGUCACAGCUUGUUCAGCAUCAGGUAAUCCACACAAGAGAGAGACCCCACAAGUGCUUGGACUGUGGGAAAAGUUUCAUACGAAAGUCAGACCUUGUUAAACAUCAGGCAAUCCACACAGGAGAGAGACCCCACAGGUGCUUGGACUGUGGGAAAAGUUUCACUCGGAGAUCAACCCUGGUGAAACAUCAGAGAAUCCACACAGGAGAGUGACUCUAUAAGUGCUUGGACUGUGGGAAAAGUUUCACAUGGAGAUCAUUCCUCAUUCAACAUGGGAGAAUCCACACAGGAUCUAAACUUCUGUGACACGUGACAAGAAAGGGUUAAGCAGCUUGCAUGUAAUUGACUCAGAUCAGGCCUUGUUACACAUCAGGCAAGCCACACAGGACAAAGACUUUAUAAAUGCUUGGCAUGUGGGAAAAGCUUCAGUAACAGCAGAAACCUUAAUAAUCAUUGAAGAAUGCACACAGAAGAGAGACCCUAUAAAUGCCUGGACUGCAGGAAUGGUUUCCAUUGGAAAUCAGCCCUUCAUAACAAAAGGAGGAGUCUGGUGGCAUCUUAAAGACUAACAGAUUUAUUUGGGCAUAAGCGUUCGUGGGUAAAAAAACCCACUUCAGAUGCAUGGAGUGAAAAUUACAGAUACAGGCAGAAAUAUACUGGCCCAUGAGGAGAAGGGAGUUACCUUACGAGUGGAGAACCAAUGCCGACAAGGCCAAUUCAAUCAGGGUGGAUGUGGACCACUCCCAAUGACUGAUGAGGAGGGGUCAAUACCAAGAGAGGGAAAAUUGCUUUUGUAGUGAGCCAGCCACUCCCAGUCCCUAUUCAGGCCCAAAUUGAUGGUGUUAAGUUUGCAAAUGAAUUGUAGCUCUGCAGUUUCUCUCUGAAGUCUGUUUUUGAAGUUUUUUGGUUGAAGGCUACUUUUAAAUCUGUUAUUGAAUGUCCAGGGAGAGUGAAAUGUUCUCCUACCGGCUUUUGUAUGUUACCGUUCCUGAUGUCCUAUUUGUGUCCAUUUAUUCUUUUACAUAGAGACUGUCCGGUUUGGCCAAUGUACGUGGCAGAGGGGCACUGCUGGCUCAUGAUGGCAUAUAUCACAUUGGUAGAUGUGCACGUAAAUGUGCCCCUGAUGGCGUGGCUGUUAUGGUUGGGUCCUAUGACGGUGUCGCUAGAGUAGAUAUGGGGACAGAGGUUGGUAACGGGAUUUGCUGCAGGAAUUGGUUCCUGGGUUAGUGUUUCUGUGGUGUGGUGUGUAGUUGCUGGUGAGUAUUUGCUUCAGAUUGGGAGCUGUCUGUAAGCGAGGACUGGCCUGCCUCCCAUGGUCUGUGAGAAUGAGGAAUCGUUUUCCAGGAUAGAUUGUAGAUCGUUGAUGAUGCACUGGAGAGGUUUUAGCUGGGGGCUGUACAUGAUGGCCAGUGGUGUUCUGUUAUUUCCCUUGUUGGGCCUGUCCUGUAGUAGGUGACUUCUGGGUAUCCAUCUUCCUUUGUCAGUCUGUUUCCUCACUUCCCCAGGUGAGUAUUGUAGUUUUAAGAAUGCUUGAUAAAGAUCUUGUAGGUGUUUGUCUCUGCCUGAGGGAUUGGAGCAAAUGCAGUUGUAUCUUGGGGCAUGGCUGUAGACAAUGGAUCAUGUGAUGUGUCCCGGAUGGAAGCUGGAGGCAUGUAGGUAAGUAUAGAAGUCAGUAGGUUUUCAGUAUAGGGUGGUAUUUAUGUGACCAUCACUUAUUUGCACUGUAGUGUCCAGGAUCUCUUGUGUGGUCCAGGCUGAGGUCGAUGCUGGGGUGGAAAUCUUUGAAAUCCUGGCAGAAUUCUUCAAGGGCCUGCUUCCCAUGGGUCCGUAUGAUGAAGAUGUCAUCAAUGUAGCGCAAAUAGAGGAGGGGGCGCUAGGGGACAAGAGCUGAGGAAGCGUUGUUCUAAGUCAGCCAUAAAGAUGUUGGCAUGCUGUGGGGCCAUGCGGGUACCCAUAGCAGUCUCACUGACUUGAAGGUAUAAAUUGUCCCCAAAUCUGAAAUGGUUGUGGGUGAGGACAAAGUCACAAAGCUCAGUCACCAGAUGUGCCAUGGCCUCAUCAGGGAUAAUGUUCCUGACAGCUUGUAGCCCAUCCUCAUGUGGAAUACUGGUGUAAAGAGCUUCUACAUCCGUGGUGGCCAGGAUGGUGUUUUCAGGAAGAUCACCAAUACGUUGUAGUUUCCUCAGGAAGUCAGUGGUGUCUCGAAAAUGCUGGUAGAGUUGGGUCUGAGGAGAGAGUCCACAUCGCCAGAUAAUCCUGCUGUAAGAGUGCCGAUGCCUGAGACGAUGGGGCGUCCAGGAUUUCCAGGUUUAUGGAUCUUGGGUAGCAGAUCGAAUACCCCAGGUCGGGGCUCUAGAGGUGUGUCUGUGUAGAUUUGUUCCCAUGCUAUAGCAGGGAGUUUUUUGAGCAGUUGAUCCCCUCAGUGGGAUCGGAGGACAGUGGCCUGUAGAAUGUGGUGUUGGAAGGUUUCCUGGCAGCCUCCUGUUCAUAAUCCGACUGUUCAUGAUGACUACAGCACCUUCUUUGUCAGCCCCUUUGAUUAGAAUGUCAGGGUUGUUUCUGAGGCCGUGGAUGGCGUUGUGUUCUGUGUGGCUGAGGUUAUGGGGUGUGCGGGCAAUUUCUCAGGCCUAAACUUGAUCUAUAGAGAGGAAAGCUUAUUAUAUGGAAAUGCUGUAACUCAAGAAACCUACAGGCCCGUGUCCUGUAUGACUUAGGCCAGCAUAGUAAAGUGCAGUAGGCCUGUGUCUGUUGACACAGAUAAUCAGUUAAGCCACUGUGGGUACGUGACUAGGGGCUGGAAGGGGGGCUGAGGGGGACCAAGCAGCGUCCGAAAAGUCCCCAACUGCACGUUAUUGCACCAGCCAGCUCUGUAAAAACCCCCAGCCGCAAUAUUGCACCAAUUAAUCGCAGAUUUUAUUACCGCUGAUAAACAAGUUUUUGCUGUACUAAUAUGGAGUUGUUUUACUAUAUUCCUUAUAAGGCAUUAUUAAUGAGGCUUGAGUGUUGGAAAAAUAUUGAUGGGGAAUUAUAUUUGCUUGAAAGCAAUUACGAACCUAUUACGAAGUUACGAAGUUUGUGUGUUAUUGGAGGAGAGCCAGAGAGCAGCUUGGCACCUGCGUGUGACCUGCUGUUUCUCUCCCUGCAUGCUUGUAUCCUAAUAAAGGAGCCCCAGGCUGUUCUGAUUCAAAAAACAACGCGUGGUGGUUUUUUCCACAACAGGGGUCAGUGACGCUGUUUGUUCACAAUCUCAGCCUGUGCACGUCUGCAGAAGCACUCUGUGUAGAAGUCCAGUCUGUCAUUUCUACCCUCAGGAGGAGCCCACGUGGCAUUCUUUUCCUUGUAGUGUUGGUAGGAGGGUUCCUGUGGGCCAGUACUCUGAUCAGUGGUGUGUUGAAAAUAUCCCUUGAGUCGGAGACGAUGAAAGUAGACUUCCAGAUCUGUAUCAUGGCGGGGGGGGGAAGAGAGUCCCCCAGAUAGGACAGACUCCCGAGAUAUAUACAGAGAACAUCUUCCUACUGUAUGCUCCACUCUAUGCAUCUGAUGAAGUGGGUCAUAGCCCACGAAAGCUUAUGCCCAUAUAAAUGUGUUGCUCUCUAAGGUGCCACAAGUCCUCCUCGUUCUUUUUGUGGAUACAGACUCAUACAGCUACCACUCUGAAACCUCCUUCCCCUGUCACUGUCACGCUCCACUCUCCACACAGCAGCAUCUGUCCCAGCCAUGGAAAGUUUAACCUGCCUCCGUUCUAUCCCUCCACCUCCCAAGGUGUCACGUACCACCCUGUGCCUGGCUCUCCAUGCUUAGGAGUCACAGCUUUGAUGUCUAUGAUCUUAGUCAGACUCUGGAGGGCUGGAGAAGGAAGUGUCACAGACCUGGAGUGGGCAGGGAAAUCUCAAUGAGCUUCAAAGCACAGUUGGACCUUCAGAUUUUAUAGCCCUGUUUCCAUCUAUUGGUAAAAUUGCUUUCUGGCUUUUUCUAGGUUUGGUCCAGAUCAUUUAUAGAUGGGAAGGUUUUUUUGUUUUUCUUUCUCUUUCUUUUGUUAUGAUGAUGCUAAACUUUUGUAACUCAUACAGCUGAAUAAUGGGGUGAGAAAUGAAGCCGGUUUAGCCACUUCAGAAGAAAAUGGGUAAAUUUCUUCCCCUGAUUUUAAGUCUUAAAGGAUUGUCUGAGAUUUCACUUUAUGAAUGUGAAAUCAUUUUAUAGCCCACCCUGGACUGUGGAUUUUUCUCUUUGUGAAGGCCGUGAGGUCACCUACUUUGAUAUUAGUUUAGUUUGACAGGAUGUAGUUCAGAUUUAUUGCAGAUUUCAAGAGACAAAUGGUCAUUUGCCAGAAUUGUCCUUUUUUAGAUUUUAUUUUAUUUUAAUGUUUAUCUAACCCUUUGUUGUGAGAUUUUUGUGUGUGGUUUGAACAAUGACCGUGAUCAGUAUCUCACAGCAGGAACACUGAUGGUGAGAACUAGAUUCAGAAGGUGAGAAGCAGAGACUGAAAUGGAAAUGAAGUUACUGCCUGUAAAAGCAAAAUUAAGUGGGCACAAACUUUGGUCAAGUUAACUAUGUACGUGAUAAAGAGCUGAGGGGCGGCGGG